CAAACUUGUGGCACAAAUUAAAAAGAAAUAUAAAGAAAUGGACUUGGUUAAGUUCUUUCAUAUGAAUGGUGGAGUUGGAGAAGCAAGUUAUUCAAGCAACUCCGGACUUCAGCGAAUGGGGAUAAUGAAAACAAGACGGGUAAUAGAAGAAGCAGUUAGCAACCUGUGUCUGAGCAACAUCAAGUAUCCAAAAACACUGGUUAUGGCGGAUCUUGGAUGUUCAUUGGGACCAAAUACACUUCUAGUAGGAUCCAUGGUGAUCAAUGCAGUAGCCAAGACUAGCCAAGAAAUGGGUCUAAAUCCUCCUGAAGUUCAAAUCAACUUAAACGAUCUCCCAACCAAUGAUUUUAACACCAUUUUUUGUGCAUUACAAGAACGUGGAAAAAAAUUAAGCACCGAGAAAGUAAGUGAUGUACACAGUCCACCUUCGUGUUAUUUCACUGGUGUGCCCGGUUCAUAUUUUGGCAGGCUUUUUCCGACCGAAUCACUAAAUUUCGUCCACUCUUCCUACAGUCUACAAUGGUUGUCACAGCUUCCUGAACUAGAAGAGAUAAAUAAAGGGAACAUAUACUUGGCAAGUACGACCCCAGAGAGCAUAAGUAAAGCAUACUACGAACAAUUUCAAGCAGACUUCUUUCAAUUUUUGAGGUGUCGUUCGGAGGAGAUGAUGGUUGGCGGACGGAUGGUUUUAACGUUAGCCGGUAGGACGACCGAGGAUCCCCGUGGUGAAGAAAGUUAUUACCUUUGGAGGCCUUUGGCCAUGGCUCUUCAGGAAAUGGUAUCAGAGGGUCUUGUAGAUGAAGCCAAAUUCGAUACAUUCAACCUUCCUCAGUUUACAGCAUCUCCUACUGAGAUAAUGAAAUUGGUGGAGAUUGAAGGUUCCUUCUCAAUCGAUCACGUCGAGAUUUUUGAUGUCAACUGGGAAAAUUGGAAAACAAACAAACACGAUAACGAUGCAUCACAAGUCAUAGAAACAGAUGAUAACGAUGUAGGACACGCUGUGGCAAAGAGUAUAAGAGCUGGGAUUGAGACGUUGGUUGCUAAUCAUUUCGGUGAAGAUAUACUCGAGGACGUUUUCAUGAGAUACGCAAAGUUUCUAACCCAGCGAAAAUCAAAGAAGGAAGAUCAAACUCUAGUCUCCGUAACUGUCUCUUUAAUUCGAAAAGGGUGAUUUAGUUAAGUUAAUGACAUAAGUAACAACAAAUGGCUCUAUUAUAAUUACUCAUCCUAAAUAAGUACCAUAACUAAUAAAGUCAUAGCUUUGUGUGGUCAUAAAUGAUAAAAAGUAGAAAUCAAAUCAAAAUUUAGACAGUUAUGAAGUUCCUACAAAUAUAAAUAUAACUAGUAAUUGAAAUAAAAAAUCUUGCUUCUAUAAGAAGUGAGUGUACUUGUGUAAUCAAGUGUAUUUAAUAAAUGAUGUAAUAAUAUCAUUA